UUUUCUUUGAGACCCCGGAUUUGACAUUUGGCAUAACUGGUCUGGGGCUGUUGUUGAGAAAGGAGGAUGGAUGGAUGGAAUUUAAGACUCACUGAUAUAAAAAGUCACAGCAACUUAGCUAACUUGAAGUCUAAAACUGCCAAAGAACGUUGGGUCCAUUUGUCAAGAACAUUUGAUGUGAAAAGCUUAAUUCAGCAAGUUUUGGAAAUGAAUUCUCAGUAUAACUAUGUUGUUAGUAUUUUAUCAAAGCCUCCAAACCUUAGACAACAGUCUGAAUGUGAAGAACUGGUGGGCUGGUUCAAAUCAAGAGUGCGGAAAAUUUUCAACAAUUUGAAAACAGAAACUAUUACAGAUGUCAUAAGGAAUUGUAAAUUUGAAAGAAAAAAGGCGAAUGAGUUGAUUAUUAAACAAGGAGAAAUUGGAGAAAAAAUGUUCAUUGUUCUGAAAGGCUUGCUGUCAAUCUAUGUUCAAGAUUUAUUAAAUGAUGUUGACCAAUUAAAUGUGAUAAAUUCCAUGUGUAAAGGUGAACUACUAGAAGAUAGGUCUAUAUUAGGAGAAUAUAAGGCAAGCACAGGUGCUAGCUCUGUGGUUGGAGAACUGGCUCUUAUCAAGAAGGAUUGUGUACGCAUAGCAAGUGUUGUUGUGGAUGAAGAAACAGACCUGAUAGUCAUUGACCAAGAAUUGUACAACCGAUCAGUGCGUGAAACCUUGGAGAGAGACUACAUAGAACGUCGCAAGUUUGUACUUGACAAUCCUCUAUUCAAAGGUCUUGCACACAAAACCAGACGUCAGUUAAUUAUCUGUCUAAAGAAGGAAACAUUUCAAUAUGGAAAUACUAUUGUGAAACAAGGAUCUCCUCUUGAUAAAACUUACUUUAUUUUAGAAGGAGAAGUUGAAGUUAUUAUCAACCCAACAGCUACAUGUAUGCAAUACAAGGCAGUAUAUGAAGACAUGAAAUUCAUUUUGCCUCAGCUGAUGUCACAAGAGAGAUAUUUGAAAGAAAACCUAAAAGUGAUGGAAAAGAACCGAAGUAAUUAUCGUCAGCUAUGUCUAUUAGGCACCAAUGAACACAUUGGUUUAAUAGAACACUGUCUUGGUCUAGGGACAUAUAUAGAGACUGCAAUCACAACACGGACGUCACAUCUUAUGGUCUUAGAAAAACGUCAUGAAGACUUAUUUCUGAAGAAAACCAACAAUGGGUUACAAAGCAAUGAACAUUUUCAGAAUGCUGCCUAUUUUAGGUUAUUACUGUAUGCUCACCGCUGUCCAAUAACUGAUUCGAGUUCUAUUUUUAAAUAUUUUCUGCUAAAAUUACAAGAUGAAUCUAUGUUACUUGACCUCCGUAAACAGAAAACUGUCACCCCAGUGAAGAAACAAACUUUACCUAAUAAUCAAACAUCUAAACAACAAAAAGAAGAUAAAAACAGAAUUGGUAUUUCUAAUAUUCAACUAUCAAGGAUGAAAAGACCUGUAUCAGAAUCUUUUGAAAAGCAACUGCAGAGACAGAAUACAGAGAAGCUUAUUCUUUCACAUGUACAACAAUUAUUUCUUAAGUGGAAAAUGUACACUAAAAGUAACAAAAGAGUUUUGAAACCAAGACAAGAUGAACAAAGAAAUGAAGUGAAGGUUAAGCUGAAAUGGUGAUUAUUUAAAGUAUUCACAUAUAACAACACACCUUAAUGUAUUUCCUCUUAUAUUGUUGAAACACUAUUUUAUCUAUAGGUAAGUUUCAUUACAUAUUGUGUCAUCACCAUACC